AUGCCGCGCCUAGACGAAAAUACCCAGCAAACCCUCCGCGAUGCAGAACAAGGAAUCAAGAGGCGAACAGCGGGUGCCUGGGACAGUUUCAGCAACUUCGCCCUACGCGACAACGUGCUCGAAGUAGCUGUAGGAUUAAUUCUUGCAGCCUCCUUCACCGCCUGUGCAAACUCCCUCGUCUCCUCCAUAAUACUACCCAUAAUCUCCCUCCUCCCUUUCAUCUCUCGCAACCUCGACUCCAAAUUCGCCAUACUGCAAUCUGGGCCCAACUACAAUGUCUCCAUCUCCAACGGCUACAACACGCCUAAACAAGCCAUCGACGACGGUGCUGUGGUGCUAGCCUAUGGCGAUUUCCUAGAUAAAGUCAUCAGGUUUCUAGCGAUUGCGUUGGCACUUUGGGUCAUCGCGCUGGCAUAUUCGAGGGGUAGUGGGGAUAAUAUUGUGAAGAAGCAGGUCAAGUGCAAGUUCUGUAGAAAGUACAUUAGUGAGAAGGCGAAGAGGUGUGUUAACUGUACCAGUUGGGUGGAUGGGAGAGAGGACCGAGGAUAG